UGGGGAUGGAGAAGGAGAAGAGCCACAUAACUGUGACCAUAUUAGACCUCACCCUGGAGAUCAUCUACCUGCUGACUGGAGAGGACUACACAGUCGUUAAAAAAUUAUCUAGUGGUCCUGUAUGUCCAACCAUCUCAACAGGACCUAAAACCUCAUCAUGGACCCUGCACUUGUCUUCCCAACACUUGAAAGCAAUGACAAGAAGAUUCUAGAAAUCAUCCAGAAGAUCAUUGAGCUGCUGACGGGAGAGGUUCCUAUAAGGUGUCAGGAUGUCACUAUCUAUUUCUCUAUGGAGGAGUGGGAGUAUAUAGAAGGACACAAUGAUCUCUACAAGGAUGCCAUGAUGGAGAACAGGCCACCCCUCACAUCACCAGAUGGAUUCAGUAAUGGGAAC